AUGGGUCCCCUGCAAUUGCAGCAGUUGACGGUGGUGGGGCUUCUCAAGGAGCCUGUGUUCCACGUGGCAAAGUGUACAGCAGAGGCUCUGAGGCUGAAUUUUCCGACCAAGAUUGCAGAGCCUGUAGUGCUUCCUCUAUUAGAAUUUGCAUGGCGUGAAUAUUUACAGGAGAAAAAAAAGGAACUGAAAGGUGAAACCUGGGAGUAUCCCUCCAGCGUGAUGUGUUUUAUUGAUGGCCAACUGCUGGGAAGUGAACAAGAACUGCUCAAGUGGGCUUAUGACAAGUGGAACUACCAAGAUUUUAAACCUGUGGCACUUUACCAAGCUAUUACUGAGGAUUUUUGCACCAAACAUAUGCAAAACACCAAGCAUGUGUUUGUGUACUUGGACAUAGCUAUUCAGGAGCAGCCCACAGGCACCUUGUUAUUUGAGCUCUAUUCUGAUAGGUGCCCCAAAACCUGUGAGAAUUUUCGCUCUUUGUGUACAGGAGAAGCAGGGACCUCUCGCAGUGGUCUGGAGCUUACUUAUAAAGAGUCAGUUUUUCAUCGAUUAGUAAAAAAUGGCUGGAUACAAGGAGGAGACAUAACAGCUGGAAGAGGAGAUGGUGGUGAGUCAAUUUAUGGACCCACUUUUGAAGAUGAAAACUUUUCCAUUCCUCACAACAAAAGAGGGAUUCUUGGGAUGGCCAACAAGGGACGUCACAGCAAUGGUUCACAGUUUUAUAUCACACUACAGCCAGCUCCCUAUAUGGAUAAAAAAUAUGUGGCUUUUGGACAGCUGAUUGAAGGUACAGAAGUUCUUCAGAAACUAGAAGAUGUAUCUACGUACAAUGAAAGGCCUGUAGUAGAAUGUAAAAUUAACAACUGUGGUGUUCUUGUGCCUUGA